AUGAAAAGAAGAGACUUGCUGCUUCGGCGUUAUUGGAGAAGAGAAGAUGAUGGCACAUACGUAAUUCUCUAUCAUUCCGUUUUCCACAGAAAGUGUCCACCUCAACGCGGAUAUGUUCGUGCUUACUUUAAAAGUGGUGGAUUUGUGAUAAGUCCUGUGAAACAAGGUAAAAAGUGUGUUGUAAAACACAUGCUGGCUGUUGAUUGGAGAAUCUGGAAAUCCUAUGUAAUGAAAGCAUCUGCAAGAACUGUAACUAUCAGUUUUCUUGAGAGAGUUGGAGCAUUAAGAGAGUUGUUCAGAGUAAAAGGCUUAAAUAAUUCACAUGAAAUUUUUUCGGGAGAGAUAACAAGAGAAAUCGGGGUGCCUCACUGUGAAGAAGAUGAUAUCAAAACUGAAAUUGACUUGAUGGGGAUGGAGAUUGUAAGAGAAGAUGAGCCACGGCCUUCAAAUCUUAUGGGACUGAAUGGUGCAGUUGAUGAGUUUUUCGAUGUUCCUGAACCAUCCGAUGAUGAACGAUCAGAGAAUGAGCGGCCUUUGAUCACAAAUCCUAUCUUGUUCUCAAGUUUUUCUUUUCGAGAAAUUCACUUUCUUGACAAAUUUUAUGAUGUCUACACUGGUUUUUCUAUUUCGAAUGCUGAAAUUAGCAUAAGCAUAUGUAAUGUGGAGAAACAAAACUGA